UGGGCAUGUUGAUAGUAUUGUGCGUAUUGUGGGUGUGAGGGGUGUUGAGUUUUGGAUGAUUCGUAGUUAAUGUAGUGUAUUUCACGUGAGAAAGAAAUGUGAUUUAAUUAUAGUGUCUGUCUGCAUGGUUGUGGAAUAUUUUGAACUGGUAAAUAAUAGGUUGUACGAAGGUGACCAUGUAUAUACAGGUUUUCAUAAUGUUCUUGUUAGCACAAUCCGAGUAUUGUGCUAGUAUAUCGCAGCCACUCCAACAACACCUUCAGACAAAUAGUUCCAGCGUGAAUCACAAGUCAAACAUACUGUCACUCAUAAAUGAUGCGGGAAAUUGUACAGCAUAUAAGGUUUUAAUAUCGAAACUUUCUUUCUAUUCAGAAUAUUUAUCAUAUUGUGAUAGGCCCAUUUCAGCGCCAACCGACACACACAAAUACGUCGAUUACGGUUUGGCCUUAUGUAUGGUUUUGUACGAAUCGGCCGAUCGUGUUUGUAAAAUGAAAGAUCAUGAAGAUAAACCAAAUAAUGAAGAAGUUACUAAUUUGAAACAGAACAUCAGUAGUGAUGUUUUCUGUAAUGAAAUUAAUAAGACACUUCCAGCACCAUCUACUGAGUUAGCGAGACCCUUUGUAUCAUUCCUCAAGGCCAAAUUCGAAAAUAUUUCUAAUUGUGAACAGGCGUGUUUACAGGAUACUUUAAUCAAUCCAAUUUGUAUGUAUAUUUUGUCAGCAAAUAUGUUCACAGUGACUAAUAAUGAAGAUAUAUCGCUUAGUGGAAAUCCUGAAUCUCAAGUAAAGUCACAGGGCCAUGGAAAAGAAAAUGAGACAAGUAUUAAGAAAGCCAAAGACUUCCAGAAAGAAACUGGUGACCCAACCUCUGCAGCUGGCCCAGAACUAUCAAAACGAAAGCAAGAACAAACAGAAACGGCUCAUAAUGACAAGAAGACCCAAGUAACUCAUAAGAUUGCUGGUCAUAAGCCUCUUCAUAACCACUCUGAAGCAAAUGCUGACAUCACUAAGUCAAAUUCAGCUGUUGAUAUGCAAACUAAUGUUACAAAAGAGAUCCAUAUCAAGAAGAGUAAUAACCAUUCAGAUGAAGUAACUGGCAUCAAUACUACAUCUUCACUUAAUAAAAAUACUAAACUUGGAUUAGGAGCUGAGAAACAUGAAGGAAGCUCAGAAAAGACUGCCGAUCCAGAAUCAAAGGGCAGUGCAGCAUCAAUAUCUGAAAACAAACCCUCUGGUGGUGUUGAUUUGACAACUCCAGAAGCACAGAACAAGAAUGUUGAUAAUAAGGAGUCUGUUCUGCCCAAUGAAAAGAAAUACAAGCCCUCUGGUGGUGUUGAUUUGCCAAAUGCAGAAGCGCAAAACAAUGUUGAUAGUAAGGAGUCUGUUCUGCCCAAUGAAAAGAAAUACAAGCCCUCUGGUGGUGUUGAUUUGCCAAAUCCAGAAGCGCAAAACAGUGUUGAUAAUAAGGAGUCUGUUCUGCCCAACGAAAAGAAAUACAAGCCCUCUGGUGGUGUUGAUUUGACGACUCCAGAAGCACAGAACAAGAAUGUUGAUAAUAAGGAGUCUGUUCUGCCCAAUGAAAAGAAAUACAAGCACUCUGGUGGUGUUGAUUUGACAAAUCCAGAAGCACAGAACAAGAAUGUUGAUAGUAAGGAGUCUGUUCUGCCCAACGAAAAGAAAUACAAGCCCUCUGGUGGUGUUGAUUUGACAAAUCCAGAAGACCAGAACAAGAAUGUUGAUAAUAAGGAGUCUGUUGUGCCCACCGAAAAGAAAUACAACAAAUCACAAAAUACUGACAUGGUAUAUAACAAGGCAAAUGAUGAUGAACAUGAACAGAGUGAAGAUAGUACAAAUGUGGAAAUUCCAGUGGACCAGAUUGAACAAAGUGAACAGGCUGAACAGGAUGAACAGGCUGAACAGACUGAACAAGGUGAAGGGGGUGAAGAAAUCCCAAAAGAAAAUGAACACCAAGAAGAAGCAGCAAAUGGCAACACUGCCCAAUUUAACCAAUUAGGAGAUGCAGAAGAUUCUCACUUUUAUGCAUAUUUUAUGACAAUGGUGGUAAUCUGCAUCAUUGGGUAUUUGGUAUUCCAUAAUAAACAAAAGAUUCUUGCCCUAGCACUGGAAGGCAGAUCACGAAGGGGUACCAGAAGACGUCCGAAUACUUCAGCAUACAGAAAACUGGACAGUAAUCUAGAGGAAGCUGUUACCUCCACAUGCAGUACAUCCGUCACUCAUGUCAUUUACUGAAUGACUGUGCUGUGUACUUCUGUUUAAGUCUUCUUUUCUGGCGUGUCAAAGUUCCGGACUUCAUUUAAAUUUCAUUUAAUUCAGUGGUAUUGUAUCAGUGAAAUUGUUGUCUUCUAGUUUUGGUUAUUGUUCUGACCAGCAGAAAUGUGUGAAUUUAAUAUCCGCACAGUAGAAUAAAAUAUUUUAUUUAUUUCUUCAGAAUUUUAAAUUAAGUUUUGUAGUUAGAAUCACCAGACAAAUUCAGCCAUAAAGUUUAAGAACUUGGUACCUCAGGGCAUCUGUAUGACAGUUUAUUUUUAAAGUGAGUAAUUUUCUUGAGAUGAUUUGGUUUACAGUUCUUGAAGAUGUAAUUAUCAACAGUCUUCAUCAAUCUUUAUGCUGAGCGUCAGCACAUUCUCAUUAUAUAACUUGCACUUCCAGGCCUACCUGUGUUGCAAAAAUCUUGAAUUUGGAUAACCUGUUACCUGCAUCAUAUAUUAGCACAAGCGUUAUGUUAUGUAUUUCUAAACAUACAGAUGAUUGAAAGUCACAUGUUAUAAUAUAAAGUAAAUAAUUAACAAUUAGUAUAUUGAAAUAAUAAACUAUGAAACAUUG